CGGACUUCAUAUAAUUGGAGUGAAAGAAAAUUCCCUGUAAUGGGACGUUGCGGACUAAAGGUUCCUGCCUCGCUGAACAUGCUGAACACGUGGUUUCCCUAAAUCACCCACAACGCGUUUGUUUGUCGCCUGUCGUGUGGGCCCAAGCCGACUUUUUCAGUCACAGCGGGGGUAAUUAUUUUGUAGAUGCUGAUCCCUUGGGCCCGCGUGGCUGAUGAUUUCCCGCGUGGGGGGUUGGUUCACGUUCACUGGCGGAUGCAUUGAUCUGGACUUCCAGUCAAGAAAUGUGGAACCACCGAGAUAGAAUCCCGACUGAGAACUUUCUGAGAGUUUGUGGUUCGCCCGGUAAGUCUCUGAUCUCUUGCUUCAGUUCGUCAGCCUUGGCGACUCAUCUUUUCAGUUUCAAACAUUCAUUCCACGCUUGUGACAGUAAACCUUGAAGACACAAGCGCGAACCUUCAAAUUCGUCCUGUCCUACGCUCUUUGAGUAUUCUACAAAAAGCUCUU